AGAAUAUAGUCUACGCGUGAGUAAGCAGUGUGGCGCAGCAACUUUCUUCUCGACCACAUCAGCUUCCGAACGUCGUUGACGAUCACUAGCCCUAGCUCUCUCAUUUUCUGCUCACUCUCCUUGAAGCUAAUGGCCCAUCUACUAGAAGACCCUAAUACUGCAAUACUGCCUGACUUUAGGACUGACGAACACGGAGCAGCCAGAAAUCAACUUAUAGCUGAUGGAAUCACUAAUGACGCACAGGCCGCAGAGCUAUUAGCCACUCUCUGGCAUCUGAACAACAACGCAGCUCGAGACCUCUGGGCAGAACAAAUUGAGGAAGCUGCUAGAGAUGCUGAAGAAGUCCAGUGCAUAGCAGCCAAAGAAGAACGCGAUCGCCAACAAGCCGCCGCAGAAGAACAAGAAGCCGCCCGCAAAGAAGAACAAAAGAGGAACAAAUCCAAAUUCAUUCCCGUCAGCAACUCCAAAGUUCCCUCCAUCCCAGUUGUCAUACCCUCGCACUACGCAGUAUGGAAACUAAAAGCAGGGGAAUACUGCGAACUCUAUUAUUUCACUAAUAAAGGUUUAAAAGAUGCCAAGAAAAGCUUGCUCUCGACUGAAGCACCGGGUCUAACGCUAACCACAAAUGCGGAUGGACAGCAAACCUGGAUCAACGCAGACGAAUCGCGCAACCCCAAAGCCGUCAUCACCAAGGACGAGAAUCUAUCCUGGGAGCACUUCAAUGAAGCUGCCCCACAGAUGAUAAUGGCGAUGAAACAGCACGAGUGGCCAGAAGAUAGAGUAACUAUGCACAUCCAGUUUUGGACAGCGCUCCAAAACCAUCGAUGGAGACACGCAUUCGACAACUUGAAGCAACGUGCACUACUACUAUAUCAAAGCCAGCAACGCCGGCUAUGGCAUCUCACAGCAGGUGGCCCCCCAUGGUUGGAGCAUAGCGGAGCUCAACCAAGACCUCAUUCUCGAGGCUAGAGAAGAACUCUUCAAUGAAGAUCGCGAUUUAGCACUCGCAGCUCUCCGACAGGUACGUGAACUCCGAA